AUGGCAGAAGAAUACUACCGCUCGGCCGAGCGUCUCUACGCCGCGCUGCAGGCCCUCCAACGCGCCACUGUGGACGACCGCGCACGCUUCGCUGAUGUCUUCACCGUCGAGCUCUACAACGCCCGGGCAAUCCGGCAACGACACAAGCUGCCGCGGAUGGCGUUCAUAUACUCUCUCACGCAGCUGGUCUCGCGGUGCAAAGGGCACGAGCACGACUUUCUGACGCUCAAGUUCGCCGAGGAGGUCGGGAGGGUCUCGGACAAACCCGAGCCGCGGUGGGAGGGGGAUCUGGGGGAGGACCGGUGGUGGUUGCGGAUUCCGAACGCGGGUGGCGAGGUCGAGGCCGGCGCGCCGGAGCCCAAGCUCGAGCCACGGGACAGCGCAGAGCCAGCGUCUGCGCUCGGUCGCUCGUCCUCGCCACAGCCUCCACCGCCGCCGGCAUCCCAGAUAUUGCAGCCCGAGCCGAUCGAGCCGGUCGAGGUGCAACCCGCCACGCGAGCGCCUAGUGUGGCCUCCCAGCAUGAAUCCGCGCAACAACAGCCACAACAACAACAACAACCAGCGCGCUUCCCCUCUGAGCGCCCGUCGAGCUAUCAUCCCACGCCUACGCCUCCGCCCAGCGCUACUGCUGCACAGACUACGCAACCACAGCCGUACCCAUAUCCGCCCUGGCCACCUCGGGCGCCUAGCUACGGCCCGCCGCCGCCGGCGAGCGACCCUUACGGCCCGUAUGCCGGACGCCCGCCACCUGACUUCUACGCGCCGCCUCCGCCUCCACCGCCGCCGCCGUCUGGAGUCGCGCCAAACGCACAGGCUGGUCCUAGCGCGCCGCCUCCACACGAGCGCUAUCCCCCGCCGCCGGACCGGUACCCUCCGCCUCCGCCUGGCCACGAACGUUAUCCACCACCACCGACUCAUGACCGCUACCCGCCACCUCCAACGCCGCAGGAUAGAUAUGCGGCUGAACGAGCUGGAUACCCGCCUCCACCCGAGCGAUAUGGUACUCAGCCACCACCCGCUCCACCACCACCGCCUCCUCCAGAAAGAUAUGGGACGCAUCCGCCGUCUGCGAUGGACAGGUACAUGGGCCCUUCACCUCAGGACCGGUAUGGACCACCUCCGCCAGGUUAUUACGGACCUCCUCCUCAACCGGAUGGAUCGAGAUCGUAUCCUCCGCCUCCCUCGUCGGCUGAUCCGUCAAGACCGUAUCCUCCUCCACCAACUGCGGCUGAUGGAUCGAGAUCUUACCCACCACCUCCACCUCCGCCUUCAGACCCUCGAUCACAAGCAUAUCCACCUCCACCCGAUGCAGCACGAGUUUAUCCGCCUCCUUCAACUGAUCCUUCACGCGCAUACCCGCCUCCGCCGCCCCCUGCACCACCAGUACCCGAUAGUUCACGACCAUAUCCACCACCGACAGAGACAUCUCGACCGUACCCACCUCCAUCUGCCGACCUAACACGAGCAAGCACCUACUCUCAUCUCCCACCCGAAACCGCAUCGUACCUCGCCGGAGCCUUCAGAGAACGCGAAAGGGCUAACGCCGCGUACGAUGAAUGGCUUGCGAACCUUAGAGCGGGAGGGUCGGGCAUACCCGGUACACCCAACGGACCGCCGAGUCAGCGGCCUGGGGCUGAGAGAGAUAGGGAGAGGGAGAGGGAGAAGAGGUUGAGAGAGAGGGAAAGGGAGAGGGAGAGGGAGGUGCGGUAUAUGGGUGGGAUCGCGCAUGGGCAUGGGCAUUAUGCGGGCUCGUCGAGCGCGUCGGGGAGCGGGAGCCAUCAUGGGCAUCUACACCAUUCGUCGUCGCAUCAUGGACACCACUCGUACCCGCACUCGUCCUCGUCGUCAAGCAUACCGUCCAAACGCAAGUCCGCGACACUCGGUAGCGAGUGGUACGAUACGAGCCGCUACGUCGAGUCGCCGUUUACAGCCGGCGUCAGCACCCCUCGGGACAGAGGUGUAGGAGGAGCGAGUGACCCGCCGCCGACGAAGUUUGCGCGGUGGGAGCCGCCCGCGGGGGGCGGGAUGGUGGAGCGGGAGGUGAGGGUGCGAGAGGCGGACGCGAACGACCCACCGUGCAAACGAUGCGCGUACAAGGACCUUGUGUGUCGACGCGGGACGACCGUCAAGCCGGGUUCGCAUCCCAAGUCGUGCAGCAUGUGUCGACAGGCGAGGAGGGAUUGCUCACUGGCGCUUGAAGCCGGUGCUCGGCCUAUGGAACAUCCCAUACCGGCGCCUGCACCUCCUGUACCAUUGCCGCCUCCGAGAGUGGGCAUGAUCCCAGCGCCCGAAGCGAGCCCACCUUCUGACCCCUGGCAAUCCGUCCACGCACGAACAGGCGCAGCGGCGACGUCCGAAGUAUUCCUGUUCCCAGCUCCCACAUCUGCACCUGCACCUGCGCCCUUGGCAUCACCUCCUCAACCGCCGCCACCACCGCGAUCUCAGCAACAGGAAAGACCGAUGUCGCCGGAGAUUGAGAUCCUGGAUGGCCCUCCGCCGCCCCGAGCACCUUCUCAGGGCGUGAAGAGCGGCGCAGGAGCGGACGGAACGGAGAAGAUGGACGUAGAUGGUACAGGGCCAGGAGGACCGAGGCAGAUCGUGCAAAGUCCGCGGAGCAUGUCGCGCUCACCCGAUAUUGAAGUCAUGAACGACGACCCAGCCCCGCCCUGGAGCCCUCCUGCGCGCAUCACCUCGCCCACUACCGCCACUCCCACCCAGCCUGUACCGGGCCCGUCGCGGACGCCCACCUCGGCGAAAGAAGGCGACGGAGACGGAAGGCGGUUCUCGCAUCACCGGACUAUUUCGCUGCCGGAGGCGCCGGUGUAUGCCAGGGCGCAGACGACGAGGCCGAGGCCGGCGAGCUUCUCGGUGUCGAGGGGUGAGAGUGGGCAUGCGGGCGAGGAGAGGCACGAGAGGGAGAGGCCGCAGACUGCUCAGCCUGGUUCGUCGGGUGCGAGGGAGAAGGCGAAGGCCAAGUCGCCGUAUACGAACUCAAACAUUGAGGAGCUUGCGCGGGCGGGUUUACAAGCUCGGCCCGUGCGUCAGUCGUCGUCUUCGUCUCAUGCACCACCACGCCCUUCGUCGUCGUCGCACUACGCGCCUCCUCAACCUCAAUUGCACCACCAACGCCCGAUCUCGCCCUCUCAACGCCGUCGACAAGCUCAGUCAUCCGAUCAACGCCGUAUUGGCGUACACAACCCAUCACUCUUCGUCGGUCCAUCAGGUACGGCUUCGGCUGAGGGUGAAGAAGCGGAUAGCGUGGGGAGCGCUAAGACGACUAGUACGCUUGGGACGGCGAGCACAAGGAGUACGCUCGAAAGUACGAGUACGGGGAUGACUGCGCAGCCGCCGUAUGGGACUGUUGGUGCUACUGCGGGACCGGCUAGCGCUAGUACGGUUGUUGUCCAGGCUAGCCCGACGACUUCGAGGGAUAUGGCUGUUGUUGUGAAUGAUGCUGGGCAUGGGAAGGCGGGGUCCGUUGGGGUCAGGCAAGAUGGUUCGACAACAGUACAGGGAGGCGAGGCGAGGAUGGCAUCUGCUCCGGCAGUACAUGCGCCGCCCGCCCAUCGGCAGCCAACCCCCGCUCAUAGCACACAUGCGCGACAACCUACACCCGCCCACAGUCACCGCCAGCCGACACCUUCCCACAGCGCGCACAAUCAGCCGACACCCGCACAUUCCUCACAUAGCCAGCUGACGCCCACGCAUCAACACCGACCGUCGCCUCAUCAACGCACGCCCGUCCCGCUCGGCUAUUCAUGGGAACAGAUCCAGACCGACCCUGCGCUUCUGCCGCUGAAGCAGGCUAUGGAACAAGGGAGGUUAGGGUACGAGUACCGCUCGCCUGCGCAUGGGCCGCCCCAUGGUCAUGGGCAUUAUCCGCCGCCACCGCCGGGAUACGGGAUGUAUGCGCAUGCGCAGCUGGCGCCGUCGCUCGUUCAACCGCAGAUGACACAGCAUCAGUUGCCGCCUACGCCUGCUCAGGCGCAGAUUCCUGCGCAGCGCACGAGGAUGUCGACGGAACCGCCUGAGCCUGAGCCUAUCACGCCCGACGCGCCCGUGUCUGCGCCACAUCCUCCUCCGCCCUCGAAUUCGAAUAUGAGCUCAAACCCGACGCUGGAUCCGUACCUGAGGCCAUUGGCACUCGCGCAACCUGUGCUUGCGCCGCUUGUUGAGCUGCUGGUUGCGCAGGACAAUCAGUUGAGGGUUCUGACGGAGGCGGUGGAGAAGCUUGCGCAGGCGCAGAGGGCGGGGAAUGAAGAGCUCCGGGCAUGGAAGGCCUCGGUCGACGGCGGUCGUGAGAGUCGCUCUGCAGGUGUAGAGAAGAGCGAGUCCGAGGCUGAGGUCGAGGGAGAGGUGGAGAAGAUGAACGUAGAGGUGGGUGUUCAGGCCGGUGAAGAUGAGGACUACGAUAGUACUGGCGAGUCCAGUAUGGACAUCAGCGAAGACGGCGGGGCCGCGUCGCCUGAGCCGACAGCCGUACCUCAGGCGGCAGUAGCCGUACCAGCAGCCGCAUAA